AUGUCGCUUGCCAACACAGCCAUAGCCGAUUCAAAAAUACAUGCACAGGGCUACUCCCAACAGGACGCUGAAGACCCUCCUCCAGAUGGUGGUUAUGGCUGGGUCUGUGCGAUAUGCUCCAUGUUUCUUCUCUUCUCAACAUGGGGAGCCAACUCCUCCUAUGGUGUAGUGCUUGAAUACUAUAUCAAAAGUCACUACUACGCAAAUGAAGCUACUCAAUACGACUAUGCCUUGAUCGUCAGCAUGGUCGGCUUUCUAGGCCAGUUUUUGGCACCAGUAGCCUUGAUAUGCACCGAAAUGUUUGGUAUCAGGAAAACAAUCUUUUUCGGAGUCUUGGUCCAGACUCUUGGCUAUAUUCUAGCAAGCUUUUGCAAUCACAUUUGGCAAUUGUAUAUCUGCCAGGGACUAUUGCUCGGUAUAGCCUUUGCCUUUAUUUUUAUUCCUCCAACGAUGACUUUAUCAAGUUGGUUUUUGCACAAAAGAGGUAUGGCCACUGGAAUCUCCUCUGCAGGCGCUGGUUUAGGAGGUAUAGUUUUCUCGCUAUCAAUAGACUCAAUCAUAAAGGCAAGCGGUGAUCAUAAAUGGGCUCUAAGAUAUCUUGGUUUAUCGACAUGUGUCAUUUCUGUAAUAUGUGCACUGUUAAUCCGAUUCAGAAAACCCAAAGACAUACCCAAAUUCACCUUCAAUGAAUUGAACCAAAAAACAAUAAAAAUGUUCAACUGGAAAAAAAUUAAUCUACCAACAGUGUAUAUUGCUCUAUGGUUUUCAACAAUUAUUAUCGGUUACACUUUGCUUCUAUUCACUCUUUCCUCUUAUGCAACUUCCAUUGGUCUAACAAGUUCUCAAGGUUCUAUUUUGACUGCGAUUUUAAAUGCAUCACAAACAGUUGGCAGACCAUGCAUGGGUCUAUUAGCAGAUUUCUUGGGAAGAAUAAAUACUUGCCUUUUACUAACAAUUUCUAAUUCUCUUAUGAUAUUUGCUUUUUGGACAAAUGCAUCAAAUUUCACUUCAUUAAUCAUCUUUUCUUUAAUUAUUGGUCUAACAAUAGGUAUUGGAAGUGCUUUAUCUCCAGCACUUUGCACUGAUAAUGUGGAAGCUGAUCUUCAAAAUUCCUCUUAUUCUUUUAUAAAUAUACUUGUUGGUAUUAAUAGUUUAUUUCCAGCAGUUGUUGCCUUAAAAUUAAAGGAUCCCGAUUUGUCUAACCCUUUUUUUAAUACUCAGAUAUUUUGUGGUUGCACUUUUGCUGUAGGAGCAAUAUUCUUGAUUAUUUUUAGAGAAUGGAAACUAAGAAAAAUCAUCACCAUUAGAUAUGAUUCUUUAUUAAACAACAAUUGCAAUAAAAAUGAAAAAAAUAAUUCUAGCAAAAAAAUAUUACUAGUCACUGACCAAGAAGAAUUAGGAAAAUGUGAAAGAAUACUAAAACAAAAUUUGGUAUGUUAUAUCGUUAGAAUUUUCCAUCCUUUAAAAACUUAA